AUGGCUAUUUUCACUACACAAAUUCAGACAACCGGUCGAGCAGUACUGCGACGUUCACAUUUUCCAACUCAUCGGAAACAAACAAAUCUCACUUCGAAAAGACACACCUCUAACAAUACCGCUCCCACACCUCGUUCCAACCCUUCGCCAGAACACUCCGCGAAUGGCACUGCGAUUCCAAUUCCUGCCACUAUCGCAAUUCUGCCAUUAUGGCAACGUCUUGGUCCUUUGACUCGAUCUUUUCAGGCCUACGGCCGGUCGCAACGGAAGCGUCCUUACACUACACAAUUCUGCAGUUCGCUGGUGAUAUAUCUUCUGGGAGAUCUAUCGGCGCAAAGUAUCAGCGGGGAUGAUUACGAUUGGAAGCGUACCACGAGAGCAUUGAUUAUCAGUAUGGGGAGUAGUGUUCCAACUUACAAAUGGUUCAUGUUUCUUUCCAAUAACUUCAACUACUCUUCGAAAGUCCUCUCCCUCGCUACGAAAGUCGGCGUCAACCAAAUAUUCUUCGCUCCUCUCUUAAAUACCUGGUUCUUCGGCAUGCAAUCGUUACUCUCAGGAGAUAGCAUACCUGACGUCAUCGAGCGUGUCAAGAGAACUGUCCCGGCCAGUAUGAUGAACAGUAUUAAAUUAUGGCCCGCAAUUACAGCAAUCAGUUUCGCAUGGAUACCACAAGAACAUCGAAGUAUCUUUGCGGGAGUCAUUGCGAUUGGGUGGCAGACAUAUUUGAGUUUUUUGAAUAAGAGAGUGGAGGGUGAGAUGGCCGGGAAUAUUGGGGAUAUACCGAAGGAAAUCAUCACCGCUUCCACGGCGAUGGUGCCAAGAGAGAUUGCAGUUGAGGCAGAGACUGCCGACGAGGCUUAG